AUGGAUGAUCUACGUUUUCGUUGGUUAAAAGAUUCUAUUUAUACGAUAUUAAAUAUUGAUGAAGUAGAUCCAGCAUUUGAAGAUUUUUUGGAAGGUGAUGAUGGUGCUAAUGAAUUAGCAAUUGCAAAAUUUCUUAACGAAGCUGAUACAAAUGUUGAUGAUGAAAAUGCAUUGUUAUUCUAUAAAGAAGUGUUCGAAGAAUUACGUGAAGAACAAGUUGAAAUAACCGAAGAAGAAUGGAUUGAAGAACAACUUGCUGUUAAUCCAGAUUUUGAUCCAAAUGAAGAAGCAGCUGCUACACAUAGUGGUGUUGAUGAACAACAACAAUCAGGAGUAAAUGAUUCAUCAGCUAAUCAAACAUCACAGACAGGUGUACAAAAUGGUACGUCAGAUAAUGUUGAACAAACAGGUGAAGGAACAAAUGGUGAUGGAGAAAAUCAAACACCUGAAUCACGACCAAAACCAAAACGAUAUAGAAAUGAACUUGUUAAAUAUCUUCGUACAAUACUUUAUUUAUGUCGUGAUAUUUAUCCAUCGAAUUUAAGUAAAAAAAAUUGUGUCUAUUUUUUACGUACGACAUCAGGAACAAUAUCUGCACCAUCAUCAAUUGAAGAUACUGAUAAAACUAUGGUGAAAUAUCUUGAUUUUGGUCUAUUGAAUGGACAUACACUUCAUUUACUUGCUAAUACACUGAAUAAAGUAAGAGAAAAUUUUUAUAUAAUAGUUCAAGAUCGAAGAUGA